CCGAGCCCGCGACAUUUACUUAGUACAGUGAGCAGCCAACUAAAUAUACUACUUCAGUAUUUUCGUUCUCUUCUCAGUCGUGCGUGUUACGUUCAUCUCCCUGAGUUGAGUCUGUGAAGAGUAGCGAUGCUGUGCAGCAGCACCGAGAACGCGACCACCGGCGACAGCUCCGACAGUGGGGGAGCGGUGUGGACUCAGGUGUCAGCCUCUGACCAACCACCCGCAGAGUCCACCUCCAACAUCCCGGGAUCCGCUUCUUCCUCGGUCUCCCCUCACCCGCGUUUGCCAGCACUCCCCACAGCAGCAACAGGAAGGUUCCAGUUACCGAAUCCUUCUUUCCUGUCUCUUACAUCGGACAGCUCCUCCCGCCGCCAUGUUGGAACACCCAGGGCACGAGCCACGCCCGGUUCAUCCGGAGGCCCCCGCGCCCAGACGCCAGCCUCCGGCCACGCUGGUGCCAGUUGCUCCUCUGCGACCUCAGCAUCUGGGGCCUCUGUGGUGGUGGCGGUGGUGGAGGGCAGCGGUCUGGCCAGGGGCCAGAUCGGCAUGGCCAGUCUGGACCUCAGAUGUCCAGAGCUCAUCGUGUCUCAGUUUGCAGACACCGGAACUUAUGCCAAAGUCAUCACAAAGCUGAACAUCCUGGUUCCCAAGGAGAUACUGAUGCCAGACACUGCUUCUGACAGAGGCAAGGGGAGCAAACUAUUCAACCUCAUCACACAGAACUUCCAGGGAGUUGCUUUCACUGCGAUCCGGAGGAAAUACUUUAAUGAGAAGAAAGGUCUGGAGUACAUUCAGCAGCUGUGCACUCCGGAAUUUGACACUGUGCUUAUGGAAGUGCAAAUGAAAUACUAUUGCCUGUCCGCUGUGGCCGCGCUCCUCAAAUACCUGGAGUUCAGUCAGAAUAGUCUGUACCCGGCCAAGUCCCUCAAAGUGGUCUUCAAGGGGAGCGAGCAGACCGCCAUGAUUGACUGGGCCUCUGCUUCCAACUUGGAGCUGGUGAUCAACAACAGCAACCACAGAAGCAACCACACUCUGCUCGGUGUGCUCAACCACACCAAGACAGCCGGAGGAGCGAGGCGGCUGCGCUCUUCCAUUCUGGAGCCCCUGAUGGAUGCGGACACCAUCAACAUUCGCUUGGACUCGGUUCAAGAAAUGCUGCUGAACGAAGAGCUUUUCUUUGGACUGAAAGACGCCGUCAGUCACUUCCUGGACAUCGACCAGCUGCUCUCCGUUCUUGUCCGCGUCCCCAAACAGCAGACUAUCCAGGCGGCCGAGGCGAAGAUCACACAUGUCAUCCAGCUGAAGCACACGCUGAACCUGGUGCCCCGAUUAACAACUGUGCUGAGCAACUGCCACACUGCCCUGCUAAAAGCUUACAGCGCGUCCCUGAACGACCACAGAUUCGACCUGAUCCUGAAGCAGAUCCACACCGUGAUCUCCGACAACACCAGCUACGUGAGAGGGGUCCUCGACAUGCGCACCCAGAAAUGCUUUGCCGUGCGGCCGAACAUCAACGAGUUCCUGGACAUCGCCCGGCGAGCCUACGCGGAGAUUGUGGAAGACAUUGCAGGCCUAGUGGACCUGAUGUCUGAGAAGUACGGCGCACCUAUGAGGACCAGCUUCAGCUCUUCCCGAGGCUUCUUCAUUCAAAUGAAGCGGCAUGUGAACGCUUUUCCCGAUGGCAGACUUCCUGCUGAGUUCAUCAAGGUGACCAAGAACAAAGAUAGCUAUGCCUUCACCACCGAUGACCUGGUGAAGCUGAACGACCGCUGCAACCACGCCCUGAGAGAGAUCUACCACAUGUCCUCCGUGGUGGUGGGUCGCCUGCUCAGCACCAUCCAUGAGAACAUCCACUGCCUCUACAAGCUCUCGGAGGCCGUCUCCAUGCUGGACAUGCUGCUGUCACUGGCCAACGCCUGCACCCUGUCUGACUACGUCCGCCCUGAGUUCACCGACACGCUGGCCAUCAAAGGAGGUCGACACCCCAUUCUGGAGCGCAUGUCUGUCCAGCAGACGGUGGCCAACAACAGCUUCAUCUCCGAGGGCAGCAACUUUAUCAUCAUCACCGGGCCCAACAUGAGCGGCAAAUCCACCUAUCUCAAGCAGGUGGCGCUGUGCCAGAUCAUGGCUCAGAUCGGCUCCUUCGUCCCGGCGGAAUACGCCUCUUUCCGUGUGGCAGAUCAGAUCUUCACCCGGAUCGGAGUGGAAGAUGACCUGGAAAACAAGUGCUCCUCCUUCAUGGUGGAGAUGAAGGAGGUCUCCUACAUCUUCCGCAACGUCAACGACCGCUCUCUUAUCAUCAUCGAUGAGUUGGGGCGGAGCACCAGUGCCGAGGAUGGCUUCGGCAUCUGCCUCGCCAUCUGCGAGUUGCUCAUGGGCUUAAAGGCGUUCACUCUUUUCGCCACUCACUUCCUGGAGCUGUGCCAGUCCCUGGAGUCUCUGCACCCAAACGUGGAGGUCCAGCAGAUGGAGGUGCAGCACACCCGGGAUGCUGACACGGGAGCUGAGAGUGUGGUGUACACGCACACGCUGACCCAAGGCUGCACUGAGGAGAGGCAUUAUGGUUUGCAUGCAGCAGGACUGACGUCACUUCCUGCCAGUGCAAUCCAGGAAGCCAAGACAAUAGCAUGCAACAUCAAGCAGCAGUUUUUGGACAAACUUGUGAAAGAUGCAGAGGCACAGAAAGAGAGAGCACAUUACCAGCUAGCCACUCGCCUCCAGCAGGCAGCCAGGAACUCCCGACUGGACCCGGACAGCCUGAGGGAGUAUCUGAGGGGCCUGAAGACACAGUACGAGGCCGAGCUACAGGCCGUCGACGAAGCAGAGCCUGAGGACACGGCCUAGAUGAGCGUCCAACCCAGAUGCUUCUCAUGUUGUGUUAUUCUCAUGUUUGUUUAUGUAUAUAUAUGUAUAUAUGUAUAUAUAUAAUUCUGGUGAGGU